AUGGGCUUUCUAGGUGAUGGUUCUGAGGAUAGCACGGGAGCUUUAAAGUGGAUAUUUGAUGCAUUGCUUAAAAGGCGCGAGUCCCCAUCGCUGAAAUAUAAUCGUGAGUUCUCGCAAGAUGAUACAAAUAAUAGAACUAGAGGCCUUAAUCCACCUCUAUGGGAAAACCAGGAUCUGAGGCGCCCACGCUCGCACCGUAGUAACUCGAUGGAUACAGAAUUCAGAGCAAGAUUUGAACUCCUGCCUGAUGAGGAAGAGCCAGAUUUGGUAAAACCAGUUCUAAUGGAACCAGUAAAAUUGGAUUCUAGGUCCCCGAUGGAUGAUAGUAUUACUGAUACGUUUAAAAUGGAUGCCAGGCGUAAAAACGAGCUGAACUUCAGACCACCUAGGCCUGAUGACCCGAUAAUAUCACGUCUUUUUGGUCAAAACGAAAGCCACGCGAACCGGGCAGACGGCCCAAGCCGAUCCGCUGGGCUGCCGGGUGCAUUUCCACACUCAAGCAGUGGUGCUCCCGAUGAGAACGGCUCUCCGCUUCUCUCCUACCGCACAACCACUAUUGACAGGACUAACGACUAUAUUAAGCUUUUGGGCCAAUUAUCCCUCAACAAUAAAGAGCUAAGUAACCUCCACCUGAGUUUACAAAAACACCGUCAGCAAGCUUACGAAGAAGACACUUACCGUCAAAAGUACCUAGAACUGCGACAGGAAUUGAUCCAGGAGCUACGACAAUCAAAGAUGAUAUAUGACAACUACACUCAUCUCUACGAAAGAUACAAAAACUUGAAGAAAAACAGCCAAAAUCAGCCCUACUAUCAGAACCUUAUAGCCAAGUUAGAAGCGCAGAUUGUAGAUCUCACCAUAUCAAAGGAAGAGAAUGACCGCAAACUUCGAGAUGAGUUAUUACAAUCCCAAAUUCAGUAUGAGUCGCGCAUUAAUGAACUUGAAGACCUUUUAAAGAGCAGGAACAGCUCCAUUUUAAACACAACUCCAAGUACAUCCAAAGAUAGUGAUUUAUUGGGCACCCCCUCACCCUACCGCAAGUACAACGACACCAUCGACACCCAAUUUCUUAAUCAUAUAGUUAAGUAG